AUGCCCACCCAAAACGACAUCGCCAAACGCUUCCGCGCCCUCCACAACCCCCAAGACCCCAUCAUCCUCACAAACGCCUACGACGCCAGCACCGCCUCAGUCAUUGCCUCCAUCCCAACAACCCGCGCCCUCGCCACAGCCUCUUUCGCCAUCGCAGCCUGCCUCGGCGUCGACGACAAUGACCUCACAAAAGCCCAGAACCUAGCCGCUCUGAAGAUCAUCGUAUCUGCCGCCCACCGUGUCAACCCUGGCCUACCAAUUACAGUGGAUCUACAAGAUGGCUACGGCGAGGAUCUCCCUAGCUUAGCGGCGACAAUCAAAGAAGCCAUCGCCCUAGGCGCGGUGGGCUGUAACUUGGAGGAUAUGGACAAUGCGGCCGGUACCUUGCGGCCGCUGGACGAGGCUGUUGCGCGGGUGAGGACCGUGGUUGAAGCAGCGAAGGAGGCCGGGGUUCCUGAUUUUGCGCUGAAUGCACGGACGGAUGUGUUGGCCCAGGAAGGGACGACGGUGGAUGAUGCCGUCGUGCGGGGAAAGGCGUUUUUGGAGGCGGGGGCUUGUACUGUUUUCGUUUGGGGUGGGCCUAAGGGGCGGGGUGUGUCGAAGGAGGAGGUGGAGAUUCUAGUGAGGGAAUUGAAGGGGAUGGUGAAUGUGAAGAUGAAUUUGAGGGAAGGGUUCUUGGGGAUCCAGGAGAUUAGGCAGUUGGGAGUUGCGAGGGUCAGUCUUGGGCCGGAGCUGUGGAAGUGUGCCAUGAAGGCUGUUAAGGACCAGGCCGAGUUGUUGUUGGCGUAA